CACUAAUUCGAAACGGUCACAUUUCUUCUCCUGCUUCUCCACUCUCUUCGCUCGCAGCUCUCAUCGCUUCCCCGCGACGAACGAAAUUUCAAGGGUUUCUCUUCUCAAAUCACCGAGAUAUCUGCGGUUUCAAGGCCAAACGAUCAGAUCAUCUUCUCUUCGUUCCGCUUCUGCCUAACCCUCGAGGUCUAAUCGCGAACUCUCCUUCCUAGAUUGACGACAUCGACUCGUGACCUUAGGGUUUCGCCGCGAAGUCUCAUCGCGUAAGCUUGAUGAAGAGCCUAGGGCUGUCUUCGUUGAAGAGUUUAGAGAACUUUCGAUCCUUGGCCGGAUCACUUGCAGGAUCCGCAAGGGCUCCUGCUGUCUCCAAUCCCAGGGGUUCUUCUGAUUCGACCUCUUACGGUAGCUUUGUGAAUUUGAAGCUAACUGCGGAAAAGUUGGUCAAAGAUCAGGCUUCCGUCAAAACUGACCUUGAAUUGGCGCAAACAAAACUGAGGAAGGCAUCAGAUCAGAUACAUGUGCUAGAAACCAAAUUGCAACAAUCAUUAAACGAGAAUGCAAAGCUUAAAGUAAAGCAAAAAGAAGACACAAAGCUCUGGGGUGGAUUAGACUCUAAGCUCUCUUCAACCAAUACAAUAUGUGAUCAAUUAACUGAAACUCUGCAACACUUGGCUGAUCAAACAUGUGCAGCUGAAGAGACUAAGGGAUUCUUUGAAGGAAAGCUUGAGAACACUUCAAAAGCUCUUGAUGAAUUUGAUAAAAUUUUGAAUGAUUUAUCAGCAAAGUUAGAGAGCGCAAACACUAAGAUAGUCACAGGGAAACAAGAGAUUUUGGAGCUUAAGCAUGAGAAAGAGGAAGUUGAAAAAUGCUUUCAAGACCAUCGUGAUGCAACCAAGAAUGCCAUGCUGGAAAAAGAUGUUGGAAUCAAAGAACUACAUGGGAUAAUUGAAGACAAAGUGGCUAACUUGAAGUCUCUAGAGGCUCAAUUAGAAGAGAUGGUUAAUGAAUUGAAUUCGAAGGAAGAUACCUGCAGAUGCUUGAGAACUACUAUUACUAACUUGGAAAAGGAAAAGAGUUCUCUCCAAAGUGCCAACAUAGAUUUUGCACAAACAAUAGAGAAAUCAUCACAGGAUCUUGCAGAACUUAGAGAGCUACUUAAUGGUUUAGUUACUAUGAUAGCUAAACUACAUACUGAGAGUGCAUCUCUCACAAAUCAGAUUUCUAUGUUAUUCUCUUCAAUUGGAGUUUAUUGUGAUUUGGUUAACAAGAAGGAGAAGUUAACAUGUGAGCGUGCUCAGUACAAGUUUGAUAAGCUACAUGAGGAAUUUAAAAAGUGCAGAUCAGAGAAUGACACUGUCAAAUUUAACAAUCAAGAGCAAAAAGAUCAAAUUUUGGAGCUGCAGAAAGCCCAAGAAUUUUCCAUUGUACAACAUGCAGAUGAGUGUCGAUUGGCAGAAGCAAAUAUCAGGGACUUGGAAACUAAAAUUAAGGAUCUUCUUUCAAAUAAGAGUAGUUCAGAAAAACUGACUAAAGAACUCAUGGAGAAAAUCAAGGAUUUAUCACAAUCUAAUGCCAUUUCUGAGGCAAAGGGGAAAAAUUUGUCGGAGAAUAUUUCCCGUUUAGAGGCACAGAAUCGUGACUUACUGGAUCAGCUGCAGUUGGUGGCAGAGGACGGAGCUAAAGAGUCAGAAGCUCUUAAGAAUGAGAUUUCUAAGCACAAUCAUACGAUUACUUCACUUAAAAGUGAUCUCAGUCAGCUGCAUAAAGUUCUAGACGAGAAGGAACAACUUCUUACAAGUUUUAUGGAGAGAGAAAAACAAUUGGAAGAGCAAAAAGCUGAGGUUCAAGAAUCUCUAGUUUCAGCAGAAAUCAAGCUAAGUGAAGCAAAAAAACAGUAUGAUUUGAUGCUUGAAGGAAAGAAGCUGGAGUUAUCAAAGCAUUUGAAAGAUCUAUCUCUAAAAAAUGACCAGGCAAUCAGUGAUAUCCGGAAGAACUGUGAGAUGGAAAAGUUGGAUGUUGCUAUGGCUGAAAAGGAGAAGGCAGACAAGAUUAUUAAGGAAACAGAAAGAAGAUGCAAUGAAAAAAUUACAGAAAAUAAAGAAGAAUCACAACAAUGCUUAAUGCGUGUUAAGGAGGAGCAUGCUGCAAUGGUAAGUCAAAUGGAGAAAAAUUUUGAGGAGAAGGAAUCAAAACUUCUGCUUCAACAAAGGGAAGAUCUAAAAAGAGUACAGCUACAGGCCGAAAAUGAACUGAGGGAGAGAAUUUCAUCAUUGAGGAAAGAGCAUGAGUUUCAAAUAAAAGCAAUGAUGUUGCAGCAUGAAGAUGAAUCCAAAAAAUUGCAAGAAGAAUUGGAACUGCAGAAAUCAAGGGAAGAAAAGCAGAGAACAUUGUUACAAUUGCAGUGGAAAGUAAUGAGUGAAAAUCAACAAGUUGACCAGGAAGCAAACUCUAAAAAGGAAUUCUCUGUUUCAUCAAUAAAGCUGAUGGAGCCGUCUGUUAGGAAAGAACAUAAGCAUGCACUAACAAGUCCAGAAAGCAGAAGGAAGGAUUUGAGUUUGUCAGGAGUGAUGCGGACACCCAUGAGUAGCAUAAUGAAGAAAGUAGAGAAGCCUUCACGCAAUAUUCCUAAGCACAGGAGGAAGGUGACCCGCCAUGAAUAUGAAAUUGAGACCUCAAAUGGGACAACUGUUACGAAGCGCAGAAAGACAAAGAGCACAGUCAUGUUUGGGGAGCCAAAUAGUCAGAGGCUGUUUCACCCCCAGCCCCUUAAUGCUGUCCAUGACACAACAAAGAUUAAGGAGGUAAGCGGGGGAAACCAUCCGAAUGCAACAAAUAUUGGUGACUUGUUCUCAGAGGGCUCCUUGAAUCCUUAUGCUGACGAUCCAUACGCAUUUGACUAAAAUGUCAAGUCUGAUGUUUUUUUUGGUCUAUGUUUCGAUGCUAGCAAUGCCCAAGCAAUUGAGUCGAAGUCCUGGAUGAAGGGUCAGACUGUCUCAUAGACUGCAAGCACUUCCUUGGAAGCUGCACAUCGAGGUCAUUACAAACAUCCGACCUUUUCUUUUAUCAUUUGUGGUCUUUACCCUCUUCAUCCAACAGAGAUAUUCAGUUGCUCUAGAAAUAGUUGAUACCUUAAAUGACUAACCCUGGUAAAAAAUUUGUGAAGAGCAAGUGCAAGAGGACACAGGUAAAAACAAGGCUCUUAUCUCCUUUUCUUUUCUAAUCCUUACAUGUUUUGCAUUUCUUGCAUUCCCCACACGAUAUGCUCAAAUACCUAUAAGUGAUGGAUACUUGGAAACUUGUGCUGUGAAUCUCUGUAUUUCAAGUGCGCCUCGGAAGGAUGG